AUGAAGCACUGAGUUCCCUGUGAAGGAUGUCAGGGUGUGAAAUUCUUCUAUGGAUAUGGGUUUACAGAGGCACUUGGACUGUAUCUGGCCAAAGCUGCUGUUAAUUUCUUUCUUCGUGGGGUAGAUUUUAAUGUAUCUGCUCCAAAGCACUUCCAGGAAUGGGGCAGACACAAUUUCUUUGGGCAACCUGUGCCAAAGCAUCCUGACCCUCACAUGGAAUAUUUUCUUCCCAACACCAAUCUAAGCCUGCCAUGUCACAGUGUGAAGCCAUUCCCCCUUGUCCUUUCAUUCAAGGCCCUUGUGCCAAGCCCCUCUCCAGCCCUUUUGGAGCUGGAUGGAAACUUGCAUUUAUUAAAUGUUUUGCCAUAUGCCAGGUCAGGUCUUACAGCAUCUUCUGCCUUCUGCCAAACUGGGGCUUCACACAAAUCUUCAGUCUCAUGUUUCUUUUUCACCUGCAACACUUCCAUGUGUUGCUCCCUGCAUCAGGAACUCUUGUCCCUGUUAAACCAACAGCUGCUUUCUGAGUAUUUUGCUUUGUAGCUAAUGAUAAUAUUUUGUAGUUUCUCUCUUUCUCUCCCUCACUGUUUUGGAGAGCUGGACUGUUUAACACCUUGCAUUGCACCAGGGAUGUAUUCCUCUACUCAAGCAUAUAACACAGAAGAGAGGCAGAAGAAUCUCCUCAGGACACAAAUACUCAAACACUGUGUCCCAGCCAUGUUUGGCAGUGGUGCUGCUGUAGCCUUGGGCUGCCUCAGUUCUUCCUGCUCCAACGUGAGGCUUACAUGUUCCCUGCUGGGUUCUGCCCACACCUUUGGCUGGUGUGAAAAACCGUGGCUUGUGGCUGUGGGUCCUGAUGUCCUGCCUCCCUGAGGUGCACCCCUGCCUGCUCUGCUUCGGGCCCCCCCUCCAGCGGGCACGGCUUUGCCGUGACAUUACUGGAGCCUUUGCCGAUAACCCCAAACAGAAAGAAUGCCAUGAGGCCCUUGUUGAGGCUGCUCAACCACUUGCCUCCGUCACUGUAGGGUCAGGACAGCGUGAGGAACUUCGGGAAAUCAUCAUGGAUGCUAUGAUUUUUUUAGAGGAGCAAAGGGGCAAGAAGCCCCUGAACGAGACUCUGCAGGAAGCUGUCAACACAAUCUGGACAAAGCUGAAUCAGCUGGGGGAAGUUCCAGCCUGCAUCCCACCCUGUGGAUUCCAGCCAGCUGCCCGUGUCUUCCAGUGUGCUACCUGCAGCCUCGUGGACUGUCAGUUUGCCCUGGACUGCCCAGUGCAGGACCUGUGGACCUACACGGAUGAAACCAUUGUGCUGCGCUGCAACGUGCCUUUCCACGUCCCCAGUAGCCUGCCCGUCACCUGGAUGUUUGCCCCCAAUCUGCGCACACAGGACAUGACACUGUUCAAGGAGCUGAAGGGGAAUCCAGAGAAGCCCUUCAGUCUGACCAUUGAGGAACCUGCUCCAGGAACCGUUGCCUGUUGCCUGGGGGAGCCUUCCAAGCCCAUUAUCCGCAAGUUCUUCUACCUCAAUGUAUCAGAGGGAAGUGUGGAGGAAGAGAAAGGACUCCAGGCUGUGUUCAGCACUGUGCUGCAUGGACGCCAUGACAAGACCCCCGUGCCCCACACACCAACCAUGGGGCUGGCUCUGGCUGUCGGCUCCAUGGCAUUCAUUCUGCUGCUGAUACGUGCCACAGAUGCGGACAUCAGGAUACCCAAGAGGAUUCAGAAUCCUCAGAUUCACCGUAGGGGACUUCAGCAUGUGGAUCCACCCCACAGGACCAGCAUUUCUGCAAUUGCUUUUCUUGUGUUGGGAAUAGUUUUAAAACAGAAAUACAGAGUUCUGAAAACCUGGGUUGUGCUUGUGAUAGAAAUAGUGGGUUCUUGGGCUUGCAAACAUUAAAACUGGGUACUGGGCAGCAUUUUCUUUCCCUGUGUGGACAUUCCAGCU